AUGGGCGCCUGGAGCGUGCACCCCUGGAUCUUCCUGCUGGCAUCCAUGGUGCUAACGGCCGCCCUCGGCACUGGCUUUGUUUACCUGCCCAAGGAUGAAGACGACGACCUCAAGGAGCACUACACCCCGAAAGGGAGCCCGGAGGCUGAGGGGCGCUUUGUGUAGGCACAUUUCACCAUCAACGACUCUUCUCUCUUCUCCAUCUCCAGGAAGAGCACUGAGGUCAAUCUCACUGCGAUUCUAGUGGUCUCCCACACUGAGUCGCUGCUGGAACCAGAAAUCUUGGCAGAAGUUAGCAAGCUGGACUCGGUGCAGGGUCUGCAUGUGACACAGGAAAACCCACCCCAGAUCCUCUACAAUCAGGUGUGCGCCAAGAACCAGGGCCUCUGCGUGCCCUCCAACCCACUCCUGUCUGCUUGGCAAGAGAACAAUAACCUCAGCCUGAGAAACAUUACCUUCCCCAUGUAUAACCUCACCCAUCAGUCCAUCACCCUAGCCGGCGUCAUUGUAUUAGGCCAGAGUAUGGGAAGGAGCCAGCUACUCCUGGAGGCCAAAGCCCUGCGCCUGCAGUACUGUCUGAAUACCAAGGACGAAGGGAACGACGAGCACAACAAGAUGUGGCUGAUCCAUUUCCUGAACCAAUCUCGCAACACGGAGAAGAGUCUGGCCUUGAAGAAGAUCCAGGGUGGACAACUGGAAUUUGAGGCAACUUCUAUGACAGUGAUCCCUUUGUUUCACUUGGCAUACCUUCUAAUCAUAUUAUUUGCAAUCAUAUUGUGCUACAGGUAA